UGCCGCUCAUUCUGGCUUCAUGCGCCGCAGUUCAAAAAUCCAGUGCGAAUCCGUAUAUUAUCUCCGUACCUCGCUCGCGUCUCGGAUUAUUCGAUAAAUUUUUUUUUCGACGUUUUCUUGUGCACAUCCAUUAAAUAGCAUUAAUAGUGUUUUUUGAAGUGUUUUUUCUUUAAAAUUUUUCAUUAUUCAUUGGUUAAUAUUUUAUUAUAAUAUUGUAUUACACGUUUUUAUUAUUUUUUUUAUAUACCUAUACGUUUAGUAAUUUAGGUAAUAUAAUAUAUUAUGUGUUUAUGUUUAUUAUUUGUUUUGAAAUAGUGUGAUUGCAGUUUUUCUUGGACGACGAUGACGAACAUUUAAACAUGGACCGGUAUUUUUUCAACAAGACAAAUUACGAACAUAUAUAAUCAGGUGCCGCCAUGGGACUGUCAGUGGCGGGAGACGGGCCUUCGUAGAUUUUACGCUGCGAAGGACACCGUCGAUUCAGCCAAAGGCAUCGCGAAGACUAUGCUAAUUGACCGGUUACAAAGCUUAAUUGCGGUGCUUAUCACAUUAAUUGGCGUUUUGCUUGCAAAUUCGGCUUCAGAACCUUUAUUACCCACGGAUUGGAUGAACGAAACGCAUCGUCAGAGCAACAACAAAAGUCUGAACAAAAACUCUCAAGACUGGUUAGGCGGAGAAGAAACAUCGAUAGAAGAAGAGGUAGCCGAUCAUCAUUGGCUGUCUAGUCGUAAGAGCCAAGAAUAUCUAGUUUCUGUCGGUGGUCAGGAAGACUGUUGUCCGUCACAGAUGGAAAUGAUCGAACCAAACGGCGGAAGUAACCCAGACGGGCUGUACGUUGAGCUUUUCAGCGACGGGGCCGACAAACAGAGGUUCUACGAGGUGUCGUGCAAGCCGGGCGUCGAGGGCAAACCGUGCCUGUUCAUGGAACGCAAACUGCACGGCCACUCGACGUGCGUGCAGCGAUAUUCGUAUUCGUACGCGAUCGUGCGCGAGGAGAACGCCAGGCACCAUCACGGCGGCGUCGGCGGCGGCGGCGGACAGUACAACAACAACGGUGGCAAGCAGACGUUCCAGUCGCUGUUCCCGAACGACAACAACGUUUGGAAAUUGGAUUACAUAAAGGUGCGCAGCGGGUGCGCGUGCAUGGUGCAGUCGCCCAAGAAAAAGCAACAACAAAAGCAGAGGCGGAAGAACGGCGGCGGCUCGGCGGGGGGAACCAGCGGCGGCGGCGGCGGCGGCAAGAGCAGGUCGCCGCAACAGUGAGCGAUGACCAAGACGACGCCGGCUACGACAUUACAGCGGCGGCGACGGCGGCGGCGGCGGCGGUGAUACGAUGACGCCACUGCUGCCGCCGAGCACGGUGUGUUCCGCGAGUCCUAUUCAAUAGACGACGACGACGACGACCCUUUUUUUCGUGUCGUCGUCGUGUUCCUUCGUCGCGCGCCUACGCACAAUUUAUUAUAUAAUACCUAAUAUAUAAUAAUAUAAUAUAUAGUAUUAUAAAAUAUGUAUACGCACGUUAUUAAAAUAUUAAAAUAUGUAUUAAAUAUUUUACCUAAUAUUAUUAAUAUUAUCGUGUUCGCCGACACGCCUCUCAUCCGUUUCCGACUCGACGCCGAUUGUUUUUCUCCAUCCAUAAAUUUUUAGAUAUAUAUUUUUUUUUUUGUACUGUAUUAUAAAUUUUUAUGAUAUUAUGCCAAAAAAAAAAAAACCACGCGAUAUUUUUCAGCUAGAUUUUUUUUUUUUUUAUCGCUCUUAUAGUUUGUUUUUUAAUCCAACGUAACACACGUGCGCACGUCAUGCCGCGCGAGUCUUCUACUUCUUCUUCUUCUUCUUCUUCUUCUUCUUCUUCUCCUUCUUCUCCUCCUCCUCCUCCGUUUUUUAUAUUUUCAUUCACUCUUGUCCUAAAUAAUGCGCUCACCGCUGCAUUAGCGCUUUCACGUAUAGACACUCGCAAUUUAUAAAGACGUUAAAAAAGUAGCAUUAAUUUAUACAUCGUUACAAACCAUUUUUUUUUUUUUAAAUAUAUUAUAUAUUUUUUAUAACAAUUUUUAAUUCAAUAUAAUAUAAAAUAAUAUAAUAUACGACUAUUCAUAUAUAUUAUAAUAUAGCGAGCGGUUAUAAUAAUAGUAAUAUAUAAUAUAUAAUAAUAUUAUACUGUUUAUAGUCAUUCGAAUGUUACCUUAGGCUUAUGAAUAGGUAAUAUUGUUAAGUAAUUACGACUGCUUCGCAACGAUAGGUAGGUAGAUAGGUAUAGGUAUAUAGUAUAUACAUACUACAUAUAAACAUAUAAUAAGUGCAUAUUAUAAUACUAAAAAAAAAAAUAAUAAAUGUUUUUUUGUUUUAUAUUAUAUACAUUCUCGUUACCUCGAUCUAUAAUUAUCAUCUUCGGGAUGAAUUACAACAUGUUAAUUUUUUUUUUUUUUUUUUAUCAAACAAAAGCGCUACGUCUUACUAUUCUUAAAUAUAAUAUACGUAAUAUCUCCUUAUAACUUAAUAUGCUUCUAAAUUAAUAUAAUAAUAUUAUAUAUCCUUUUCUUCAGCACCCGCAUUAUUAACUUAUUAUUUUUUUUAUUUUUCAUCAUAAUUUUUUUCCUUCAUCAUUCUGUUGUACAUCAUAAUAAAUAUUAUAAUAUAUUAUGUUUUCUUCAAUCUUUAUAAGUGUACAGUUAUGUAUACAUUAAAAUACAUGAUAUGGAUAUAUAUAUAUUGACAUAUUGUAUGUGUAUAUUUAUUUAUUUUUUGUUAAUAUUAUUACAGUGUUGAUAUAGUAGGUAUGUACAUUGUACACUAUAUACGUAUUUAUUGACUUCAAUAUUAUUGUACAUUUUAUGUUGUUUAUUUAUUUACUACUUUUAAUAUAUAUAUACACAUACAUAUUAUUAUUAUGUAUAACUAUUAUAAUAAUUUAAUUAUCGAAUAUUUUUUUUAUUUGUAUAUUUUUUGUUUUUUGUCAACUUAAAUUUUGGUUCGUUUCAUAUAUAUUAUAUAUAUUAACGACUCAUUAAGCUGUUUUCGCCACACAUAAUUGCAUCAUUUUAAAUGUUACAUAACAUAGCCAAUAGUUACAUAACCGAUGUCAAACGCAUACACACAAGUGCCUGGUCGCGCGUGCGUGCACUUAAUAUAUCUUUACACAAAUAUUUUUAUAUUCGAGUUUUUGUAUCCAGACAACGACUGUGUACCUAUAUAAUAGCACAAAAUAAUAAAAUAUAUUUUACUA